AUGUCGGACACGGAACUCCCUCCAAAUGAAGAAGAACCAUCAGCGGAAACCCUUGGAUCGGAUGCUGUUUUGGACGAGCAGCUAACGGGUGAACAAGAGAACAAUAAUGCGGACGAACAACCGGAAGGAAAUCCACAACCGUCAAAAACAGACCCGGGAGACAGUUCUGCAGAUGCGAACGGGAAAGGUGGAGCAACAUCUGAUACAAGUCAUCACAGUGGAGAAGACGAGCUUAAGGUGGUUAAAGCCAUACCAGUGGAUUCAAACAGAGCCACAGAGGAAAGCGAAGCAGAAGAAGAAGAACACGAUGAGAUACCAGACGAUUCGGAAAGUGUUGGAGAGGCAAUAAAAGCGAAGACGGAGCCAAAGAAGGUGAUCGAUCCGGAAUUUGUGUAUGAUUUGAAUGAAUUUGUGUCUCAACCGACUGUGACACCGGAUUCGGGAAUUCCGCAGAAUCUAGUCACUCUAGUGCAUUCGUUUGGAUUUGAUGCAUUGCGUCGAGACAAUUUGAAUUUGUUGGAAAAUAAUGUCGUUUGCUUUAUCGCUGGUAAUUAUUUAGAAAUACUCAAUUUGGCAACGGCCGAAAAGCAGUACAUUCGCUCGCUUAGCGGAGUGGGAAUCGGGGCAUUCUCUGUGCAUCCGGAGCGGAAUGCGAUCGCCUUGGCUGAGAAAGGAGACUUGCCAAAAGUCAGCAUCUAUCGGUAUCCUCAACUAGACUUAUAUCGUUUACUGAGCGAAGGAACACAGAAGGAAUAUUCUUCAUGCGAAUUUAGUCCGGAUGGGGAAAUGUUGGCCGUUGUUGGCUCAGAUCCGGACUACAUGCUCACUUUGUGGGAAUGGCGAAACGAGCAAAUAGUACUUCGAGCCAAAGCAUUCUCUCAGGACAUAUAUCGUGUCGCUUGGUCGGCCGAUUUGGCUGGCGUCCUGACUACAGCCGGGGUAGGCCACAUUCGAUUUUGGAAGAUGGCAGACACGUUUACCGGGCUCAAAUUGCAAGGAAAGCUGGGGAAAUUCGGCAAAACCGAACUGUCGGACAUUGAGGGAUUUGUAACGCUUCCUGACGGAAAAGUGCUCACCGGAUCGAGUUGGGGCAAUUUGCUCGUUUGGGAAGGUGAUCUGAUUAAGGUGCAAAUUUCCCGCAAAAACAAACGUCCGUGUCACACUGGGCUGAUCAUGCAAAUUGUGAUGGAUGAGGGUGAACUGAUGACUGUUGGUCAGGAUGGAUGGAUACGGACAUGGGACUUUGAGACAGUGGACACCGCGGAAUGCCUCGAGGAGGGUGGUAUUUACGAACUGGAACCAAUGAACGAAUUACAAGUCAGUCCCACGGCCAAACUCAUGUAUAUUGUCAAAGUGCAUGAAGCGGACUGCACCAUGUGGUAUGCGCAAGACGGUGAUGGAGCAAUCUGGAAGUUAGAUCUAUCAUUUUCGCACACCUCACUGGCUCCUGAAUCGAUGGUUCGAUUUCAUGCAGACGGGAUUGUUGACUGCGUGCCAUCACCAUUCGCCUACACUGCUGCCACCAUCGGACGCGAUGGUACGUGA